CUUAUUCAAUUGGUCUCUUUCGCUGAAUCAUUAAGUUUAGGGGACAGAAAGAAAUCAACACCGGAUGUCUUGCAGUGGUAGGGAACAAACAGAAAGACACGCAUAGAUACAUAUACCUUUUAUUUUUAAUUGUUUCAGUCAUUAGACUGCGGCCAUGAUGGAGCACUGCCUUGAAGAAUUUUUAGUUGAAUAUAUCGACCCAGGACUUAUUUUUUUCUUAAGCCUAGUACUUAUUCUAUCGGACUGUUAAGCCGAACCGCUAAGUUACAGGGACAUAAACAUACCAGCAUCUGUUAAGUGGUGAUGGUAGGGGGGAAAACACAGACUCAAAAGACACACGCAUAGAUAUAUAUACGUAUAUAAUGCGGGUUUCUUUCAGUUUCCGUCUACCAAAUCCACUCACAAGGCUUUGGUCGUCCCGAGGCUAUAGUAGAAGACACUUGCCCAAGUUGCCACGCAGUGGGACUGAACCCCGAACCUUAAGGAUGGGAAGCAAGCUUCUUACCACACAGUCAUGCCUGUACCUAUAUAUAUGAUGGGCUUCCACACAGUUUCACAAGGCACUAAUCGGCUCGGGACUAUAGAAGACACUUGCCUAAAGUACCGCGCAAUGGGAUUGAACCCAAAACGACGUGGUUGCAAAUCGAGAACUUCUUAACCAUACGCACAAAAUCAUCAUCAUCAUCAUUUUAUUUUCGCUUCCCAUGCCGUAAAGGCAUAGGUAGAUGGUUCAACAGAAUUCAGAGAGUCAAAAGAUCCAUUCUUGGUCCAAUGUCUCAGUUUUGGCAUGGUUUCAAUUAAAAUCACUUUACUGUGUGUAUGGGUGACACCAGCACUAUUGUUUAUAGUGAUAUAUUCAGGGCACGAAAAGUUUAUAAGUAGACACCAGCAUAUUUGCUGUAGUAAACCAAAAAAUUUGAGGUAAGUUUUCAGAUUUUCACUGAGGUGUUAGAGUUAGGGUUUUAUGGCUAGUUUUAGGGUUAGGGUUAGAGAAUUCCGUCCCUAACCCUAAAACACCAGUGAAAAUCGUGCGGGUAUUAAUCUGAAAAUUUACCAAAUUUGAUAAAUUAUAAUUGAAUGGGAGGGGUGCUGACAUUAACGAAAAAUGCUGAAAAACAUCUGUCAAUGUAACAAUAUACUGAAUGACAUUUUAAAAAAAUCUAUUUGUUCUGCUAUUAGUGAUGUAAGCGGCUGUUUCUAAAUGUCACGCUUAUCGAUCACCGAACAAAAUUUUAAAAUAACUUUUGGGAAAUAAAUAAAAUAAAAAAAGAAAAUAUAUUUCCAACAAUUAAAAAUAGUAUUUUAUCAAUUAAUUAACAGGAAUGUCAAUUAGUGUAACUAAUGGAAUUUGGUGACACAUUAGUUAUUGUUGUAAACGACAUUCUCCACUUGUGUUUAUUUUAUUACAAUGGCAGGAAUUUGCUUUCCGCCGUCGACCGAACCUUCUCAUUCUUUGGAGUCACACACAUCGGACAUCAACGGACUUGCUUUUUCUAAACAUGUUAUGGCCAGCUGUGCAGGCGACAAAACUGUUCGUUUGUGGUCGUUUCCAGGAUUCGCCGAAAUAAAUCCUUUUUCGCCUCUCACAGGGCAUAGUUUGUAUGUGAACUCCUGUACGUUUAAUCCGGCCGGAACGUUGUUGGCAUCUUGUUCUACGGACGGUAAACUAAUACUUUGGAAUCUAAAUACAGGGCAUCAAGAAGCUGUUCUCGAACACCCGUCCAAAGGUGGUAUACGUGUGUGUAAGUUUUCUCCAAACGGUUUUUACCUUGUGUCAGGAAGUGACGAUGAGACUUUGUGUAUUUGGGAAUCCACGUCUUUAGAUUUGAUAAGGUGCCUGCAAGGAUACACAACGUUUGUGGUGACUUGUGCCUUCAGUCCCGAUAGUAAAUUGUUGGUGUCUGGCUGCAAUACAGGAAAGCUUCGUGUUUGGGAUAUGUUUGAAAAUCUUGGUAGAGGCUUGCUUAAGGAUUUUGAAGCACAUGAUCUUGCUAUGAUGGGAUGCGAUUUUUGGAGUAAUAUAUCUUCAGAAAAUAAUCAUACCAAAUAUUUAUUGGCAACCUGUGGCCAAGACGCAUUACUAAAACUUUGGGAAAUUGUGUCUGCAGAUAGGACAAGUGUACAAGUUAGCAAUAAAUUUGUCCUUACUGGACACAAAGCACCUGUCUCUGUUUGUUGUUUUGCUCAUCAUAAAAAACUGCUGGCUUCGGGAUCCUUUGAUAAAACUAUAAGACUUUGGGACCCUUCAGAAGGGCUGUGUAUUCAAAUAUUUGCCAGUCACACAAGGUAUGUAACAUGCUGUGCUUUUUCUUUGGAUGACUCUUACCUAGCAUCUGGAUCCAAUGAUAAGACAAUCAAAGUGUGGAUCAUGGGAGGCAACGAACCUUCUACAGAUGUCAGUAAUGUCAGUAGCAUAGCCUCUCAGACAUUUCCUUCCCCAGAAAAUAUCUCUGUGGAUUCUGCAAAGUCAGAGCAGCAGAAACCAGUUUGCAAAUGGUCCGUCGAUGAUGUAUGUAACUGGCUUGAACAGUCUGGAUUAGACAAGAUUACUGAAAUAUUCAGAAAACAUACCAUUGAUGGGCAUGAACUGUUGAUGCUGUCAGAUGAUGUCAUUGAGAAACAACUGGGAAUAGAAGCAUAUGGAAGCAGAAGUAAAAUUAUUCGUGCAAGGGACCAACUUACUAAUCAAGUGUCUACAUUUUCUCUGAUGUCUCUAAAAGAGCCACCUGAUGAAUUUCUGUGUCCAAUAACCAGAGAGAUUAUGAGAGAUCCAGUGAUUGCUUCAGAUGGCUACACUUAUGAGAGGACAGCAAUUGAGUCCUGGAUCAAAUCUGGCAGUACGCGCAGUCCCAUGACCAAUAUCAUUCUUCCUAGUCAACAGCUUAUUCCUAAUUUAACUGUGAAAAUGUUAAUCCAGAAUCAUGCUACUACAUAAGGCCAUCUAUGUGAGCAUGUGUGUGUGUGUGUGUGUGUGUGUGUGUGUGCGCGCGUGUGUGCAAGAGAAAGAGAGAGAGAGGGCAUAGUUGAAUGGUGUUGAAGUUCAUUUCAGUCAAGAGGUCCUUGGGUCAAUCCCACAGUGUAGCACUUUGGGAAAGUGUCAUUUGUUAUAGCUUUUCGUUGACCCAAGCCUUCUGAAUUAAAUUGACUUGACAGAAACUGUGAUAAGCUAUCAAACAGACUGCAUUUGUAAAUUGAAAUGCACACGAUAUCAUGCUGAUUCUGCUUGGAGAUUUUUUUGAAGAAGUAUACAAGGGUUUGUGGAAUAAACUACUGAAAUGCCCAUGGUUGAAAACUGACAAAGGAUUUAUUGCUUUGCCUGUGUAUGAGGCGGGUGGGUUAUCAAGUAACUUAGCGUCAUAGCAAGUUGGUGAAUGUCUUUAGGGCUUAGCUUCUGUACCAGUCAUAUCACUUGUUAAAUAUGUAUGCUUGCUUGUGUAUCAUCAAUGACCUUACCAAGACUCAUUAAUGUACUUGCAGUACUUAUGUGUGCUUAGUGCCUGUUGCUUUGGUGUUCCUAUGAGACUUUAGGCAGCAACUAUAGCAACACAAAUGCUAAGCCCCAUACAGUCACAGUAAUUAUGUUCUGAACAUCAAACAAAAUUUUUAAUAAAAGAGUGUAUAUUGUGUUCGUUUUCUUCCAGUUCUAUGUUUUCCUGUACGAGGUGUGUGCUUGUAUGUGCUUGUAUACUUUUAGUGUUCUCAGGGAGAUUCAGUGUGACACAGGUUGUGACAAGGUUCGUCCUUUGAAAUACAGGCACAACUGAAGCAAUGUGAAAUAAAGUGUCUUGCUCACAGGCACAAUACACCGCUGGGAACUGAACUCACAACUUCAUGAUCGUAAGCCAAAUAUCUUAACUAUUAAGCCAUAUGCUUCCACUUCUAUACAACUAUUAAUCUAUUAAUACAGGAAAUGCAAAAAUCUUAGCUAAAAAGGUAUUAAUGCUGCAAUGUAUUUUUGUUUUCGUCAUACAAGCACACACCUCAUAUAUUUACAGCAUCAUUGUUGUAUUCCAAACUGAUACAAAAUGCUCUGUUGCUUAUUUAGGAACCUGGACAUUAUUUUACUUCAUCAAGUAUUUUAUCCAGUGCUCCACUGAUUAUGUCACCCACUCGUUUUUCUAUAAACACUCUUUAUUUUUGUUGUUGUGGCUGUUGUUGUUUAGUCUCUAGGUCAGCCCCGAUUGAGCAGGCAUAUAAUCAAAGCCUUUCCAGCUGUGACCAUCUCAUCUUUCUGUAUCUUUGGGACUACAUUGUCUGAUCUGUUUUCCUUUCCUUAAAACAAUUGGUUGUGAUUUGAGGGAGUUUUGGCUGCUAUGUAAAGGGGGCCGCCUUCUCAGCUGUUACUGUUACUGUUGAUGUCUUUCAUUCUUGUAAGGUUGGAAUGGGGUGUUAAUAACAUACCUACCCUGCAAUGACUUGAUGGAAGUUUCAAUGUGACAUAAAAUAUUUCCUAAAACAAGUAUAAGAAACAGAAAAUCCUUUGCCCCCUUUGCAGUCUGUUUGAUCCAUUUUGCUUGUUUUGUGGUAGUGGUUUCAGGUUCUUCAUCUAAUUCAGGGUCAAUGCCAAGCUCCCUUGUGAAUUUGCAAGCUUUCUUGACAAUAGAAUGUGAUUUUUAUUAUUUUUUUAAUUAAAAUAUGAAAAUAUAAGGCACAUAAAAAAGCCUACAAAAAGUAUAUAAAACCAUAUAAAUAGUUAUAACAACUCCAAUAUACAUGCCUGUGCAUGUAUACAUGACCAUACGCAGAUAUAUAUGGAUACAAAAGCAUAGAUAGAUGAGUACAUAUGUGUGCCCAGAUGCACAUACACAGAUGGCUGCACAUGCACACCAAAAUAGUCAACAGUCACUGUCACCACAUGUGACGGGGACAUACACGUAUAUAUCUAUCCCCUCACACAUACGUACAUACAUAUAUGUAUAUAUAAAUAUUCCCAUCUGGUUUCACCAGUCCUCAGUCAAAUCGUCCAACCCAUGCUAGCAUGGAAAGCGGACGCUAAACGACGAUGAUGAUGAUGAUGAUUAUUAUUAUUAUUACCUCUGCCUUAGCAAAGGCAAAGGUAUUGCUUUCAAUCAUGUUUGUUUGUUUGACUGUGGACAAGAUAUCUCAAGAGCUGCUGGAGAGAUUCAGAUGAAACCUGUGACUGGCACGAACUGAUUAGAUUUUGGGAUUGAUCCAGUAAUGGACAAGGAUUCUGGAUUAUUUGUUAUAUUUUUGCUUUAAUUUACAUGAAGUAUUAGGAUCUUACGUUGACUUUCAAGUCUUUCUCUGAUUAUUUCCCUUGAAAACACGCUCAUGGUUUCCAUGUAAGUUAUGGUGGUGUUGCUGUUUCCAAAGUUUUAUUUUCAUUUCUCUAUUAUUAAUUUUACUCAUGUCUCUAUCUUAGUAGAAACUGAUGGAUAAAGAAAUCAAACUACAUAAACAAACGGCAGCAAAACUGUUCAGAAAUUAAAUAACACUAACAUAUUCAAUAACAAUAAUAAAUUUAAUUUAUCCUCGACAAUUUUUAGUUUUACCAAUUUUGAAUAUAUUGCUCCUGUUUAAAAUCUCUUACCUACUUGGCAGUUGCAUUUCUACCUCUCCCUUGAAGGAAGCUUUACUUCUUGGACUCGUGUUUUUGUGCACAACGAUGUUGUUAAACCUCCGUUAACAGCAUCGUAUGCUGGUCCUUUCCGUUUUCUUUCACGCAUGGAUAAAUUUUUCACUAUAGACCUUAAUGGUCAUAAAGAUACUAUAACCAUGGAUAGAUUAAAAAAGGCAUUCGUAGAGAAAACUGUCCCUGUUCCCAUUGCAGAUGACACACACAGAGCAUUACAAAUAUGGCCUGCACAUUCACCUUCAUAUUCCAUAACUAUCAUUGGGAUCGAUCAGGUAUUGGACAAGGAUUCUGGAUUAUUUUUCUGUUUUUUUUUUACUUAAUUUUUGAGAGUGGUCAGAUUCAUAUUUAGUAUUCUCAUUUGUGAGAGCAGUUGAGUUUAUUUCAGAUAUUCUCAUUGUAAAAAUCAUCUUCGGCUAAUCGUUGAGAAGAUGUUGGUGUUGCCUUGAAGGAGGCUUCCGCUCUCUGAGUGCUCUUGUUAUUAUUAUUAUUUUAAAUCAUUAGAAAGAAUACAGGAAAAAAAAUGAUGAUUCAAUUUUACUUUCACAGAAUUAAUCUCCCAGGAAAUCCAUGAACGUUGUUUCCUGGGUUUCAAAGUAUUGAUGGAAAAGAAUCAUUGCCACAAAUUCUCUUUUGUGAUGUUGCAAAUCCUAUCAACUGCAGUUGUUAGCUAGUCACAUCAAAUAUAUCUGAUUAGUUUCUCUCCUCAGAAUCACUAGUCAGAUGAUACCAUAGUGAACAAAAUAAAUAAAUUAUUAAAUAAAAGACAUGAGAACAUCAUUCAAACCAUUUUUCUCUCAUUCAAAGUGUUAUUUGUUAAAUAUUCCUUCCUUGCAGAAAGCAAAAAUAACUCAGCAAAAGUUGUUUAUUUCUUGGAGCUAAUCUUUCUUUUUCACAAAAAAAUGAAUUUUCCUUUCUCCAAAAUUCCUUCUAUCACAAUCAUACUUAUUUUUACCAAUUCCCAAUCUUCCUUCGUCUCAAACCUUCACCCUUCUUUAUAUCUUCUUUCUUCUUCCCAUUUGUUGACUUCCUUCAUUUCUUAAACAUCUUUCACAUAAUAUUUUCACCCUUGUCCGAAAUCUUUUCCCUUAAAAUUACUUCAACUCCUCUUGAAAUUCCUGCUCUUGCCAUUCUACCCAUCUUCUGUCAUCUGUUAUUGUUCCUGAUCCUUUUUCAUAAUAUUAUUCACAAGUCAAAGGCAGUCAGGAGUUGGCAGAAGCAUUAACAUACUGAGCAAAAUACUCAGCAGCAUUUCGUCCGUCCUCACAUUCUGAGUUCAAAUUCCGCCGAGGACAACUUUGCCUUUCAUCCUUUCAGGGUUGAUAAAACAAAUACCAGUUUGGGGGUUGACGUAAUUGACUUAGCCCCUCCCCAAGAAUUACUGGCUUUGUGCCAAAAUUUAAAAUCAGUAUUAUUCACAAGCCGCAUUAAUGUUCUUCUUCUUUUGUUCUUUUGACUGAAUCCUCCCGGUGUCUUAAUAAAAAAAUUGAAUUUUUCUCUUCUCUAACAAAUUUUACAAACACUUCAUUAUAUUGUUGAUUAAUUGUAAAUAUUUUUUGUUACAAAUUAUGGAAAUAAACUCUACCAAAAUUGGAAUUAUUUGUAAAUAA